AUGUCUCUUCGUGUUACUUCAACCGUUUCUAACUCUGCUAAGUUGUUCGUUCGUGCCAUGUCUGGAGGACCAGGAGAUGGAGCUGGAAGAGGAGGUGGAAGCGGAGGAUCUAUCCGCAGUGCCGGAGGAGCUUUCGGAAAGAUGGAAGCUGCUCGUGAAGACAAGUACUUCUACGAUGAGCAAAAGAAACAACUUGGCGAGAUGAAAGACGAAAUCCUUAAGGAGAUUGAGCAUCAUCGCAAUGCUGUUCAAAGAAACGAGAAGCGUCUUGCUGAGCUUGAUAACAAGGCCAAGAAUAGCUCGAUGGAAGAAAGUGAAAAUCCAGUUCAGAUUGAUGAGAUAGUCCAUGAUUUGCAGCAGCAGGGCUCAUCAUCAGCUGUUAAUGAAGACGUCGAUGCUGUUGAUGAGGGAAAAGCUAUAGAGAAUUAUUCUUCACAUACUCAGGUGGCCGGGCGUCGGCUUGUCCGCCGAGUUAUGCAUCAGGAUAUCAAUGUAGAACCUAGUGAGAUUGUUCCGAAUGCUGAAUGCUCACUUAGUAGGAAUCAUGAUGAGAAAAUGAUUGUUAGUUCCGAUAUAUCUACUGGCAAUGGGCUUAAAAGAGUUUAUAUGAGACGAAAAAGAACGCCCGAAGAAAUUCUAGCUCAAGAUCAUUCUAAUAUUCCUCAGCAAACUGUACCUAAUCAGAGAGUCCCAGGUCUUCCUGGAAAGCGAGGAAGGAGGCCGAACUCUUUUGCUUCCGAAACUGAACCUAUUUCUCGUACAGAAGCUGCUCGCCGAAGUGGUCGGCCUACUAUUGUUCAUCCUUCUGGUGUUGAGUUUGCCAUUCCGAUAUCAGUGGAAGCCCACCCAAUUCCUUUAAGUGAUACCAUUCCGGAUGCAGCUGCUUAUGAUAUUUUGAGAGAUGAUAAAGGCUUGCCAUAUUGUACAUUUUGUCAUUGUGUUUUGAAAACAUGGCAUGCUAUGGAGUAUCAUAUAAUGAAUGUCCAUUUAAAAUAUCGACCUUAUCGCUGUAUGUAUUGUGUAAAAGAAUAUUUUUAUACUGAGGACGAAUGUAUUUCUCAUGUAAAAGGAAACCAUGUUGGUAAACCUCUUCACUUCAUUAGAGAAUUAAAGGAAGAUAAGGAAGAAGAAGCUGAGAAGUACUUUUCAGCUCUGUUCCUCAUGAUCCGUGAAGGGGAGCACUUCAACGAGGAGCGUGUUAUGCACAUCCAACGAACGGCUUAUCAACAUAUGCAACGGUUCCAUAGAAUGAGGUUUAAAGUUCCAGAAGUUGUUGCCAGGCAAAGAUCUCAAAGAGACGGUACAGCUCAGACGUUCGUAACUAUGGCUGCACCACAAACAUUGAUCUCGUCAUCCUUAAAGAAUAUGUAUAGAGAAAGAGACGAUUUAAUGAAUCAUCAUAUGAAAAUGGUCCGUCUAUCAUCUGGAGAGUAUGCUGAAGUAGUUCAGAAUGUCCAUCCAAAUAGAUAUGUAAUGAAUAGAGAUCUGGAUGGCACGGAAGGUGCUGAUGGAGAUUAUGAUCAAGAUCAUAUAGAUGUAGUGGACCAUGGGCUGGAUCACCAUCCCCAUUACUGA